AACUGAAUAAAACUUCGCUUCACCCCCCACGUGACCCCUUUAUUUGUUUACCUAAUCUUUCGUCGGAAACACGGACACCACCUUGCGAUUCGACCCGGAUGAAUGCUCAGAGGAGGAGCACCAACGGGCAGGAGAGCGACCUCCAAAGGAACUACUAGACAUGGAACGGGCAGCGCACUCCAACACCACACGACAAGGGCGCAAACGGGCACCUCCCAGGCCAUUGCCAGCUCGGCCGCCUCCAAUCUUCCGAUCACCACAGGCGCUCUCGCCAAUCUGGCAGUCCUUGCCUGUGGAGCUUGUGCAACGGGUUCUUCAUGAGCUUGUCAGUAUCCAUCUCCGGCACAUUGGCUCGGACCCGUUUUAUCCCUGGGAGACUCUCCGCCAGCUGAACCAUCACCAAAGGCGGCGGAUCGAUGCGCUAUAUCGACAACUCUUACUCCCCAUCUUGCGCCUGGGACGUUCGGUAGAGUUUCACCCUACUACAAACCGUCCAGAAUUCACAGGGAUCGACAGCGGUCAGAUCAUGCGGUUAUGGGCGGCCGACGAGGGGAAGGGUGAAGCUUACGAAUCCACCAACGACACUAUCACCUUGCCUCUAGCCGGGUGCGAAACGUCAUAUCUAUAUACGCUAGAGGCACCCAUGCAUGGCGGGUACGAUUACGAAUAUCCGAGCUUUGAUACCUCGAAAGGAUGGAACAAUUAUGUCAACAGCUUCCCACCGGGUGGACUUCAUGUCGACCCAGAACCCCAUUACUCCUUCACUCUGGAGUGGAUCUCCGAUCUGCACAGGUGGGUGGAGGGGGAGAUACCGGCCAGCCAUCUACCUGACGUCCAAGGUGAUGAUUCCGACAAUGACUCGAUCAAGGUCAGCUCCAGCCAACUUAUUGGCGGCUUGAUUCGGGCAUGGAAGAAAAGUUACACCUCGAGACGCUAUCGGUCUUUCGUAUAUUUACUGGCCUGGGAGGACCAUUGUCACCGUCUUCUCUUGUGAGAAGAAGGAUAUGGACAUCUGCAAACCGCUUUGGGAAGUGGAAGUUCAGAGGGGGAAUAUUCCGAGGGUGAAGAUUCAGAGGGGGUAGAUUCCGAGGGGG